AUGCCUUCUCCCCGAACGCUGAAAGAAGCUCAAGCCCUAAAUGGACGACUGGUAGCAAUCAACAGGUUCUUAGCAAGGCACGCCGAAAAAUCAUUGCCCUUCAUAAAAACAUUAAAAGAUUGCCUCAACAAGAAGAAUUUCAAAUGGACCAGCGAAGCGGAGCAGGCUCUACAAGAAAUGAAACGUUUUAUAGAAGGGUUACCUACGCUGACAGCGCCAAGGCCCAGUGAAAUACUAAAGAUGUAUUUAGCGGCAGCUCAUACGGCGGUGAGCGCCGUGCUCAUGGUUAAACGAGAAGGGAAGCAGACACCAAUAUACUACAUAAGCCGGGUGCUAGCGGGGCCUGAAACGCGCUAUCCUACACUGGAAAAGCUAGUUUUAGCAUUAGUACACGCCACAAGGCGACUAAGAAGAUACCUUCAGGCACACCGUGUACAAAUCUUAACCAAUUACCCGCUACAGCAAGUUUUACACAAGCCAGAGGUUUCGGGCAGGUUGGCUAAAUGGGCCAUCGAGCUGGGGGCCUUAGAUAUUGAAUAUCAGAAGCGAACAGCGGUUAAAGGGCAAGUGAUUGCUGAUUUUUUAGCUGAAAUACCGGAAGGAGAAGUCAUUACGGACCCAGUCGUCCAAGAUAUACCAGAGUCCAGCGCUACAAGGCAGACUUGGAAACUAUACACUGAUGGAUCAUCUAGCGGAAAGGGGUCCGGUGCAGGCCUAAUGCUAAUAAGUCCAGAUCAAAUCAGACUAAUGUACGCCUUACGUUUCGACUUUGAAUGUUCUAAUAAUGAAGCGGAGUACGAGGCAUUAUUGGAAGGUUUACGGAUGGCAAAAUCCAUGGGGGCAGCCAGGGUAGACGCAUACGUCGACUCGUUGCUGGUUAACAAUCAGGUAAACGAAACGUAUGAAGCUAAAGACGAGUCAAUGGCGAAAUACCUGGCGAAAACUAAAGAACUCAUGGAUUCCUUCGACAAGGUCACACUCAACCAUGUACAUAGAGGAAAGAAUCAAAUAACAGACGCCCUAAGCAAACUCGCCACCUCAGGCAUGGAAAAGGAAGUCAAAGUCGAAACGUUACAGACACCCUCAAUUGAACCACGGAGUGUUUCCGCCAUCACAAUGGAAGAACCUUGCUGGUAUACUCCGAUUCUACGCUCCCUCGAAACAGGUGAGCUGCCUCCCGCCAAGGGCGAAGCACAGAAGAUACAAACGAAAGCGCUACAAUAUGAGGUCAAUGAUGGUGUCCUAUACCGAAAAUCUUACUUGGGUCCGUUGCUGCGAUGUGUUUCCCCAGUAGAGGCAAAGUACCUCAUCAGCGAAAUUCACGCGGGUCUAUGCGGCAUACACGCCGGACCUCGAGCAGUGGUGGCCAAAAUCCAUAGCGCGGGAUAUUACUGGCCUGGGAUGCACGAAGACGCUGUAACGGAACUACGAAAAUGCCGCAGUUGUCAGAAGUUCGCUCCUCAGACAAUACGGCCCAAGAACAGCCUGGUACCGGUGACAGCAGCGUGGCCUUUCCAGAAAUGGGCUGUGGAUAUCGUAGGACCUUUCCCGCCGGCCCCCGGAAAGUUAAAGUACCUAAUUGUGGCGGUUGACUACUUCACCAAAUGGGUGGAAGCAAAACCCUUGGCUUAG